AUGAGUCGAGUCCUGUCAGGACAUCAGAUUGUGGACGUGGAACAGAGGGCUGGCACCACAAGUUUGGGAAACAGUGCCCCAUUGGUGCAAGGGGGAGGCCAGUCUCCUCUGUGUCAGGCUAUAAGGGACAAGUUUCCCACCCCUGAUACCAUGUUUGAGAAUUUGAAAUUUAAACACAAGGAUGGGGAAAACGGUGCAGCCUAUAUAAAUCGAUGUUGCCAAGAAUGGGAAGAGGCAUGUGAUGAAAACCCAAUGUCUAACCCUGUCACUAACAGAAUUUUCAGGGCUGCUGUACUGCAAGGAGCUCCAGCUGGUGUGACCCAAGCCAUGGAACAAUCUCCUGAGGUACCUGGCAGUGAUGAUACUAAAUGGAAAAGACAGGAAGACGAUGUGUAUCAGGAGGCCUUCAUAGAUGUUGAAGGGUCACAGUGGAGCCUAAAAAGCACAGGUCUGUUGAUAGGGAAAGAAGGUGUGGUGGCUCCAAUCUGCUUAACAGAGGAACAAGAAACAUGGUACAAAAUGAGGCAGACUGCUGCCCCACAUGUAUCACUGGCAUUGCACCCCACACAUGAGGCUAGGGAGCUGGGCUCAAUGACAAAGAGACUACUAACUGUCACUGACUGGGAGCCCACAGACAACGCACAGUUGUAUUACUCCCCAUCAGCAGACAGUUACAAAAUAGUGAGGGAAACCCUUGACCUGGGCACUCUGGAACACAAAUGGAUUUCCAGCCACAAUGGGAUCAACAUGGCUGACCUUAUGACUGAUGGGGACCAUUAUGAUUGUGCACCAUUGACAGACAGAUUAUCGGUAGCUAGGGAGGGUCUGACAGCCUCCCCACUUCCUGAAACAGACAACCCAAUAACACUGUUUACGGAUGGUAGUUGCCACCGGGCGGAUGAUGGAACUCUGAAAGCAGGAUUUGCUGUGGUUCAAUUACAGGGUGACCAAUUUGUCACAAUACAAGCUGAACCCCUAAUUGGCAAACAAUCUGCACAAAAAGCAGAACUAUUGGCCCUAAUCAAUGCAUUGAGGCACUCAAAAGGACAGGCUGUCAACAUCUACUCUGAUUCUGCAUAUGCAGUGUCCACAGCCCACGUGGAGCUGCCUGUGUGGAUCAGAUGUGGAUUCACAACUUCUUCUGGCCGGCCUAUUACUCAUGAGAAAGAAGCAAGAGAGCUCUCUGAAGCCAUAAUGUUGCCAAACAAAGUGGCUAUUAUCAAGUGCACUGGUCAUUCUCAAGGAACUGACCUAAUAUCAAAAGGGAAUGAAGCAGCAGACUUGGCGGCAAAACGUGCCUCAGGCUACCUUCAGGGUCAGUUUGUGGUCACAUCUGAGCCAGACGUGACAUCCCUCCUACCAGAAUUCUCAAGAGAAUUCUUAUCUGAGCAGCAAGACAUGGCUGCUCCUGAAGAAAAGUCUGUGUGGAAAAACAAAGGGGCAAUCAGACACGAGGAUGGCUUAUGGACAGCACCUGAUGGUAGAGCUUUGCUCCCAGCGUCACUAGUCCCAAGCGUGUUGAAAGAAGCCCACACAUAUGCACAUUGUGGUGAUAAGCAAAUGUCGCGAGCAUUGCAAUCAUGGUGGCAUCCUUUUAUGCCACACCUAAUUUCUGGGUACAUAACGACAUGUGACAUCUGUCAGAUGCACAAUGUCAAACCAACUAUGAAACCAUCUCAGGGAUCGUUCCCAUUGACAAAUGGCCCUGGGGAUGAAGUUAUAAUUGAUUUCACUGACAUGAUUGAAAAGGUAAAUGGUAAACGAUACUUGCUUGUUAUGAUUGAUGCAUAUACUGGAUGGCCAGAGGCCUUCCCAGUGGGCAAGGAAGACAGCACUGCUGUCAUUAAAUGUCUAAUAAACCAUUACAUCCCACGUCAUGGUUUUCCGAGCCGGGUCAGAUCUGACAACGGCUCACACUUUAAAAAUGAACAUCUGGCUGAUGUGGAAAAGGCAUUGGGUUUAGUACACCAUUUCGGGGCAGUCUAUCACCCACAGUCACAAGGUAAGGUUGAGCGGUUGAAUCUAACAUUGAAAAACAAAUUGGCUAAAAUCUGUGCACAGACUAAAUUGACAUGGUUGGCUGCUCUUCCACUGGCUUUGAUGUCAGUAAGGAGCUCUGUGAGCAGGGCAACAGGAUACACGCCCUUCGAACUGUUGACUGGUCGCCAAUUUCCUGGCCCAUUGACCCCACUACAAUUGGAACCAGUACAACCAUUAUCACACAAAAUUUACUAUGACAAAUUGACUGCUCUAAUUGAAUCUUUUGACAAAAUGUUACCAACUGAUUUUAGGGGACACGAAUAUCCAGCACCACUACCUGACCGAACUUGGGACUGGGUGAGAUUGAGAAUCUACAGGCGUAAAUGGAAAGAGCCUCGCUGGUCUGCUCCAAUUAAGUGCUGUCCGGCGGACCCACCGUCCAGAUCAUUGGACGACACCAGAGUGGACCUUGCUUCGCAGGUCCAAGAGAGGGAGGAUACCACAGGAGGUAAAGGAGGGAGUAAGGGUACCACAAAAGGAGCUUUGGCUUUUGGCUGA